UUCAUUCGUGUGCGGGACGUCGGCGGGGAAGGAGCUCUCGAGUUUAGCUGCGAUCUCUCGCGCGUUACUGAGGGUUUUGGAGUUUUGGUUCAUUGGUUUAUAUUUUCCUUUUCGGUUGCAAGGCAAGCUCUUUGUGGUUAGAGGUGAUGAAGUGAUGGAUCGAAGGCGGCCCGUCAAGCGGGUGCGACCUGACGAGUUUUUCUUUGGCGGAGGAGAGUCUAACAACACAGGCUCUUUCUUGAAGAUCUUUUUGAACUGGAAUAGCUCACUGGACAGAUGUGGUGUCAAGAACGUUAUUGAUUGAAUGACUCAAGAACCGAAACUACCUUUUUAUUUCUUAUUUUUAAGUUUUAACCAGGUAUAUGUUAGAUACUAACUUUACUAAUUAUACUCCACCGGAUAUUUCCUGCCUGGACAUUAUCCAAAGCCCGCGUAUAUCCCCAUGCUAAACCUAUCAUUUUCCUUCAUCUGCUUAGUUUCCCUCUGAACGCUCUGAACCAUCUGGCUGCAACCGACUGCAACAUCAGACUCGAUCGAGACAAGAGUGGCGCACUGAUGACGACAACUAUGGACGCUUGAGCCCAACGAGGCUAUGCGCCCUAAUCCAACAAGAACAAGUACAAGUUGUCCAUAUUUCUAUCACCUCACUUUGCGUGAAAAGUUUUCCUUUUCUUGAGCGUCAGUCAAAAAAGUUUAGUAGUAAAUAUUGAAGAGUAUCACUUGAGUUGUACUUUUUCAUUGGACAAAGAAGUCUUUGAAUUUUUAUUUUUAAGGAUAGCAGUUUGCAGCCCUACAAGAUGUGCCUGAUCGACAGAUGUUUUAUGGGCGGCGAACAGACUAUUUCGUCGCAAUGGUCGCAGUGCUGUGGGCAUAUCGUUGACACUUCAACUUGACAUGCUGAACUCAUCACAAUUCCAAUUCGUGCUCCAAGAACAACACUCCUGUUGUUGCCAGUGUUUUUAUAUACCUUGUUGUUGCCUACUUGCCUUGGCCUGAGGUUUUGCUACGCGCCCUAACCCAAAACAACGAAACAACAACUUCAGCUUGGCUGCCUGGUAUAUAGGGCCUUGGGGGGGCUGCCUGUGUGUGUUGUUUUUUGCGUUGAAGGCGUUGAUGUUUUCGUUUGAUGUGUCGCAGUCGCAUAGCUCGUUGCAUUUUGAUUUAUCUGCAUUUUUAUAGGGUAAUUUGGGGUAGAUUCCGUAAAAAUUUUGGGUGAGUCCCACCAUUAUCUCAGACUCAAGGUAUUAAAGGUGUAGAUAUCCGUAUUCAUGGAUCAUAUCAAUAUCAAGGCGUAAAAUACUAGAUGUCAUAAGCCAUAACAAUAAUGAUAUCAUUAUCCAAGCACGAUGCGCAUGAAAUCACAGAGAACGUGACGUUAAUGAGCUUUGAUAUUACUUAACUAUACAAUAAUAUUAAAAAUUAGGUACAAUUGUAUUUCUGUGAAGUAAUUUGAUCGUGCCUUAAGCUUACAAAAAAAUAAAAGCAAUACAUUUAUGCAAUUGGUUUGCUCAGAAUUUUUCCUACAUACCUUGUUAAUUCACACUGCUACAUUGUCUACCCUCUAAUCUAGGGAUGUUACAGGCAUUUUGAUGAUCACAGUCUGGCUCACAGGUCGACGAGGUACACUGGCUUAAGUUCAUAAUCCGCACCAAUCCUUCGAACAGAGCCGGAAAAUCUGCACCAAAGAGUACAGUCUGAGAGUACAAAAAAUAUACACCGAACCCGCUUCAUGAGCUGAGCACAUCUCGUUUACGAAUGCUGCCGAGUGCAGAAUGCAGCAAACUCAUAUUUUUUCAAUGCAACCUGUUAGCUGCGUCGAACGUUCCUGAGAAAUCGUUUGCAUUUGACUGCUUGAAGCGGCGGAGUGGUGAUUUUCUGGCCCUCUCAUCCACCAUACAAAUCUUGAAUCCCUCUCAAGUCUCAAGUCUCACUCUCAUCGGCCGUGCUUAUCUCUCUCACUCUAUCGCCGGCGCCUCGCAGAGACGAGCGGUGCGUUUCAAGUUUCAACAGUGCAGAGAGUGCGAACUUACGGGCAUCCCACGUGAUUGAUGGGACCACCAGCACUGGCAGUCCGUUCUGACCACCGCACACUCAUUUAGACCCGAGACCGAAAGCACACUGAAUUACGAGAGCACACUGAAUGACGUGAUGUUGAAGCUCCACCAAUGUUUUUUUCUUCUCGAUUUUCCUCAUCUAUCUCGUCUGGUCUGUCAUGUCCGUCACUAAGUCAAUUCCGCACCGCACUUCACUAAAUCCGCACCGCACCAAGCCAAAUCCGCGCCGCACCGUACCAACUCUGCACCAGCCGAACAAGUCCACACUGACGAGAUCUUGUCGAAAUUGCCAUACUUUGCAGACUGGGAUCAGAUUACUUCACCCAUCAAAAAAUAACCAGUGGUAUGACAGUGAUUACAAGCACAGAACAAGAACACUCCACUAAAUCCCUGCCUCUACCCCUCAUUGCCCAGCAGUUUUUAGGGUGAGAUGGCAGCCACCCCGCCAGCGGUCUCGUCUGUCCUGGACGGCCACCAGCAGCUCGCCAAUGAGCUCCGGGUGAAGAUCGCUGACGGCCCCGGUGCCACCGAUAGCGGCCCGGGGGGCGGCGGCUCCGGAGAGCUGCGGCCGUACGCCACCGCCCGAGAGCGGCUGGCGCACCUGGUCCACUCCUACCGGUACCAGACGGUCGUGAUUGCUCUGGUGAUUCUGGACUGCAUCUGCGUUAUCGCUGAACUACUGAUCGACCUGGAGAUAGCCUCUGCCGAGGGAAGUCACGUUGUGAAGACGGUGCUGCACAACAUCUCGAUCGCGAUCCUGUCUCUGUUCCUGCUGGAGAUCCCGGUGAAACUGUACGUGUACCGUCUGGAGUACUUCCGCAUGCCGUGGGAGCUGUUUGACGCGCUGGUGGUGAUCGUCUCCUUCUCGCUGGAUGUGGCGUUCCGACACUCGGUGGGACCCAUCAACGGCGCCGGGCUCAUCAUCGUGCUGCGGCUGUGGCGCGUCACACGCAUACUCAGCGGUAUGGUGAUGUCGGUCCGUCGCCACUCUGAGCACAAGCUGGAGCAGGAGCGAGAGGCGCGCUACAAGGUGCAGCACGAGCUGGACCAGUGGCGCGAGUACUGCACCCGACUCGAGGAGCUGAUCAGGGACAAGGGACUCCCGCUGCCGGACGGGCGGCCUCUGCCCAGCGGUGGAGACAGCACCGAGCGGUGAGCGGAGCGCGAUGCCUUCCUGUGCCUCGGAGCACUCGCCUUCCUGCCGCACGGGCCUCCGGGAAGUCCCGUUCGGCCAGAGCAGACCCGGCCCGGUCGGUCAGAGCAGGCCCGGCCCGGUCGGUCAGAGCAGACCCGGCGGGGUCGGUCAGCAGACCGGGCGGGUCGGGCAGAGCAGACCCGGCUGGGUCGGGCAGAGCAGACCCGGCCCGGUCGACCAGAGCGGGACCGGCACGGCCGGGUGGUUACUAAGCAUCGAAAGGGCGCGGGUGCUCCAUGAGCGGGCCGCGCGGGUAUCGACCUUUGGUAAACGAUACCUGUAACGGUUACUGAUAUACGCCCACCCCUCUCCCAAUAAUAUGGGCCCUGUCUCCGCUCGGGUCGGACGGUGGAGCGGAGAGGGUUGGGGGAUUGGUUUUGUAUGCUAAAGGGGCCCAGUGAGGGCGGGGCAUAAAAUGUACAUUGUACAUCUACCCAAGAACUGAUGAUCUGAUGAAUGUCUGAACUGAUGAUGAGUCCCAACCAUGCUGGAGUCUGUGUGUUUGGUGAAGCAGUAUCUACGAAGUGACUAAUGACUAUUGUGAUGGAUCUAAACGAAUGCGUCGGUUCCUACGUCGCCCGUGAUCUGAAUAUAAAUUCCAUCGGGCCUGAGAACUCAUAUGCAGAGGCUACCCGUUGGGACAUUGGCCACACGUGGUCUACAUGUACUACGAAGGAACUGCCAUCGAUUCGGCCUGUGUUGGUCUUAUUUUGUUAUCGUUAAGUGUGCCGCUCAGCGGCUGCUGUAUUGUUUUUAAUGUUUUGUAAAGCUACUAUAUAUUUGCUGGUGUAACCGUGCUUGAUAUUUGAUAAUGACCCUCUACUCAACGCAUUGCUUAUACCUAAGCGAAAUUGCUAUGAUAAGUUGUAUGCCAGCGCCGUAGUUGUGUAUUGGCUUAUUGAAGCGAUCUUUAAUUAGUUUCUGCUAUGCGAUUUGUUUGUUUAUCUCACCGUAUUGGGGUGAAUCUUGUUGUAAUGUUGCCUGCGUAGAAGUAACGUACAUUGCGGAGACGUGCUAUACUGAUUAAUUGGGUAUAGGGUCGCCUUUUGUUACUGUGUCAAAUAUCCAUUAUCGUGCUUUAUGCGACGUGCCAUAUGAUUACGAAGCAAGCAGUUGUGAUUUGUGAGGCUCAUGCUUGCUGUAACGUGUAUGUGUACCACACCAUAUCAGCCGUAAUAAUAGGGAAGGCCUGUUGCUUUAUGACCAUAUCGGCCAUUGGCGACUUGGAAGCCUGGGGGUUUCGUUACUGCUUAGCGACAGCCGCGUGCAAUGGUGCGGCGUACUGAAAUUGCGACAGCCGUAUGCGCCUGUGUAGAACUGUGGCCGGCCGACGUGUGCUUUGACGCGAUUCCCAGUGCUGCUGCAGUAUCUGUUCUGGAGCAACCAUCGGACAAUUAUUGGGAUCCUGAUGUAACGCUUGGAUGCUGUGCUGUGUGGGAAUUUGAGCUGUUUGUGUCAUGGGGGGGGGGGGGUGUUAUGUCUGGCACCGUGGUUGAUAUCUCGUACUAUCACUAAGUAAGAAUUUCUUGGAGACUGGAAUCAAGUCGCCGACCGUUCAAUUCAUUUUUGUCUUUUCUGGUGUUUUGGUUAAAAACGCUCCCACCUCCGGAGUUGUGACAUGUGUUACAUGACUUCGAAAUACAAUGAUUAUGUCACCAU